AUGCCCCAACUUCGUCAAGAUACUCUAGAAUUUAUCGGAGCUUUAUUAGAUCGUUCAAAUCCAUUUAUAGCCAAUUUUCGCUUAAUUUUCUCCUUGGAUAACAUAGACAACCUUUGCCUUUAUAUAAAAGCUGACCAUGGCCUGGACCAACGUAUUUAUAAUAUGCCAACAGCAUCACAAGUUGCUGCUGUAUGGAUUGAAGGCAAUAAUCCUACAAACUAUGCUAGACGUGAUAUAAUUGUACAUUCCCGAACUCAAGGUGAUUAUGGUUGGCAUCCUGCAAUAUUACAAAAUGCGUCACAGAAAAAA